AUGGCGAUAAUAGUGAGAGAGCAGGGGAUCGUGAGAGAGAGCAGAGGAGCGGGGAUGAUAGAGAGAGGCAGAGGGAUAGAGCUAGGAUAGGAGAGAGACGGGAUGAGGGAUCAGGGGAUAGAUGAGGAGAGAAGAGGACAGAGGAAGAAUGACGAGAGGGAGAGAGAGAUGAGCGAGAGGAGAGAGAGAGAGAGAGAGAGAUGAGAGAGAGAGAGAGGGAGAGCUGGGAGGAGAGAGAGAGCGAGAGAGAGAGUGAGGUGAGAGAGAGAGAGAGAGGGGCGUGGUGUUACAGGGUCUAGCAGAGAAAGGAAAGCAAGCCAGUGGGCCCUCCCCCUGAAGCAGUAAGGAAAGCUGUGGAAGUCCUGGAGUACCAUAUGCUAACGGGGAAAGGAAAGUUAAUGAAAAGGUCACACACUGAAGAAGCGAUGGGGACACUAUCCCACACAGAGAAAUGAAGCAAAAGGUCCAAUACCCUGUACAUUUACACAUAUACACACGCACAUACAUAAAAUAAAAGUAUACAGCUGACCCUGUCCACAAACAGACAGAAAUGAAAGUGAACACCCCCUACCACUUCCCUAUGGUGAGGCAUGAAGGGGACGCAAGGAGAAAAUUACUUGACAAAGAAAAGGAACUGGGAGAGAGAAAAAUACAGGACUUGAACUCAAACACGUGCCAGGUAGGGUAUACAGAGAGAGAAGCUGAGGAGAGAGAAAGCAGAGAGGAAGAGAGAGUGAAAGAAAGAUAAGUAGAGGAGAGGGAUAGAGAGAGACAGAGAGAGAGAUGAGGAGAGAGACCCGAGAGAGGACGAGAGAUUGAGUACGAGAGACGAGAGGAAAAGAGAGGCGAGGAGAUGAGAGAGUACAACCCGAAUUCCCGCAGGAGAAGAGUGAUGCACCGAGAAAAGAAGGACGAAGAGAGAGAGAGACGGAGAGAUCUUUGAGAGAACGAGAAGACCUGGAGACUGGAGAGAGAGAGAGGAGAGAGAGAGAGAGAGAGAGAGAGAACAGCGAGAGAGAGAGAGGAGGAGGGAGAGAGAGAGAGAAGAGAGAGAGAGAGAGAGAGAGAGAGAGAGAGAAGCAGAGGGAGUGAAUCCCUUUCCUGGGCCCAGCAGAGCAGAGCAGAGAAGAGGUAUCUGUGACAUUCUACUGCUCUCUGAGACCUGCUGGGCUGGUUUCUGUGGGGUCAUUAAAAUUCCAGCUCCUGCACCUUCACCUUCACCACAGCUACAUGUUGGCUCUUGUCCACCGGCCUCUCUCUCUCUCUCUCUCUCUCUCUCUCUCUCUCUCUCCUUCUCUACUCUCAAAGCUCAGCUCACUUUCUCCAUGUGUCUAUCCUCCUCCUCUCACAUUCUAUUAACUAUUGCUAUGACAGGAGUAAACAAAUGGAAAAAAUAUUGCAAAAUCAAACAGGUCAAUAUUGAAUUUCUCUCUCUUUCUGCUUUUUUUGUCUUUCACUCUCUUUCUCUCACUCCCUUUUCGGUUAGUGUCUUUCUCUCUGCCUCACUCUCUUUCUCUCACUCCCUUUUCGGUUAGUGUCUUUCUCUCUGCCUCACUCUCUUUCUCUCACUCCCUUUUCGGUUAGUGUCUUUCUCUCUGCCUCACUCUCUUUCUCUCACUCCCUUUUCGGUUAGUGUCUUUCUCUCUGCCUCACUCUCUUUCUCUCACUCCCUUUUCGGUUAGUGUCUUUCUCUCUGCCUCACUCUCUUUCUCGCGCCCCCAACCUUGUGUUUAUCUCGCUCUCCCUUUUUUCUCCUUCUCCACUCAGGCAUGUACUGUCACCUUCAUUCAAAUCUCUGAGGGAGAAACAAAUAAAUAAAAGUCAAACCUGUCUCUACUCAUCACAACACCCUUUUACUAAACAACAACAUCCAUCUGCAGGCAGCACUGGCUCCCUGAACUCAUGCACUUGAGAUUCUCUGCAGCUAGUAGAGUGGAGAGGAAUGGUUGGUUGGUUUUCAAGAGGUCUUGAAUGACCCUUACCCCCUCCACACAUACACAAAUACAUCCAUACACAUACUCUUUAUCUCUCCCUCAGUGGCACCCCUAUAGCAAAGAGCCUGUAUUUGAUCAGCACCAGUCACCCCUAUAGCAAAGAGCCUGUAUUUGAUCAGCACCAGUCACCAUUAUAUCAAAGAGCCUGUAUUUGAUCAGCACCAGUCACCCCUAUAGCAAAGAGCCUGUAUUUGAUCAGCACCAGUCACCCCUAUAGCAAAGAGCCUGUAUUUGAUCAGCACCAGUCACCCCUAUAGCAAAGAGCCUGUAUUUGAUCAGCACCAGUCACCCCUAUAGCAAAGAGCCUGUAUUUGAUCAGCACCAGUCACCCCAAUAGCAAAGAGCCUGUAUUUGAUCAGCACCAGUCACCCCUAUAGCAAAGAGCCUGUAUUUGAUCAGCACCAGUCACCCCUAUAGCAAAGAGCCUGUAUUUGAUCAGCACCAGUGUGUGUAUUCUAGCUCAAGUGCAGGACAUUGUUUCCUACUUCCUGCCCUCUUAAGCCUCUGCCUUUUGUUUUGGGUGAUCCUCAUCCCCCCCCUCACUCACCCCUUUGACCUUUCUCCCCCUCUCAUCCCCCUCUAUCCCCACCUCCCCCUCUCAUCCCCCUUGGGGUGAAGGAGAGAGACCUGGCUAUCCCUAGAACUUCAGAGUAUGUAAGUGUUACCUUGGGGCGAAGCAGAGAGAGACUUCCGUGAACUGGAAUUCUCUAAAGGGGAAGGUUAACAAUAAACGUAUGGCAGAAAAAGAGAAUUGAUGCAUAUACAAAUGUGGUACAGGAUCAAGAUACAAAUGUGUAGCAAUAUGUUUACUGCUGAGAUAGUGAUAUGCUGUGUAUAUAAUACCCUGUGCUGAUGAAUUCAUUAUCACAAAUGGAAGAUCUCAUAUUUCAUAUUUCAGAGCAACACUUCAUUUCCCAUUUUAGUGACUCUGUCAAAGUUAUGUGUUUCCAUGUAACCUGACUGACUAGCUCAGUGUGUGUGUGUGUGUGUGUGUGUGUGUGUGUGUGUGUGUGUGUGUGUGUGUGUGUGUGUGUGUGUGUGUGUGUGUGUGUGUGUGUGUGUGUGUGUGUGUGUGUGUGUGUGUGUGUGUUUGUGUGUGUGUGUUACUGAGUGCUUGUGUUGGUGAGUGAGGGUAUACCCUUUCAGUGAUCCACACAUUCCUAACAGGGUGAAUAGAUCUGAGGACUGCAUGUGGUGCUGCCAUGGGUAAAGGGAACCUCCAACAGGGCCUGGUUCCUGGAUGGUGUCUCCUAUAGCAUCUUCUGCCAUUACUAUCAAUAACACAGUCUCAGAUGUUCCCCCAUCCCCCAACAGACACACACACUGCUCCUGGACUCACGUUAGGCAUGGUGAGUGAGGCCUCAUUAGGGUUCAAAGGUACAUCUAACCGUCAUCUUUGAUGCAUAGACAGUGGCACCAGCUUUUUCAACCAUCGCUUUAUCGCUCACAACCUGCGUGACAAAGUUCACACUGACUCAGGUAAGAUAAUAUUUCCACCUGCCGUGACUGUUACUAGUGGAAACAUUGUGGAAACAAACAGUAGUUGAAAAUGUCCUGCCUUUUCCCGGGUCAGACAAGGUCACCAUGACCCAUUCGCCUCAUCCAUGGAUGCCUGAUGAAGACCUAAGGGUGGAAACAUUGUUAUAAAUAAAUCACCUGGGAGCAUGAGAAGCAGUAUGCAGCGUUUUCCUUUCUGUUUUCCAUGAAUUCACCUACAACUCCAGCACCGGCAAAAAGUACCUAGAUGUGCGCAUGUUCUUCAGCUUUUGUCCAUUCACCUCAUGAGUCAUGGACUACCGCACGCAACUCAAGACUUCACUCUCAACUCAAAUCAGAUUAUACCAUUAUAAUACAAAUAAAUGGUAGGAUGUGUAGAGGGAAAAUUAUAACGAAAGUGUUUCAUCCAUAACACAUUAGCCCAAUAAAAGCGUAUUAGCUCUGGAUGACAGCAUCUUCUAAAAUGUACAUGUAAAAUGUAAAAAUUGUAAGUUGGGUGGGAGAUACACUUUGUGUGUCAGACGUGUAGGCAGUCAAACAUUUUUUUUCAUAAGCCCAAUAUAGAGACAUGUCAGAACGCAAACAACAGGAUGUUACGCAUGUUGGUUUGGGUGGAAUGCUGGAAACAUGCAGGCCUAGGUGUGUAACCAACCAAUCAUUCACUUGCGUCACCUCCACGCCAUUAAAAGGUGAGACAGAGCUGUAAUUGAUGUAUUAUGGAAUCUGUUGACAGCAUUGAAGGCAUCGUCUGUCUGAGCGGUUGUUUUACACGCUCUGUUAAAUUGUUGCUCUGUUAAAGGAAAAAUCCACCCAAAACCACUCAUUCCAUUAAUUUACAGUGUUAAAUAACACUAAUAUGUGAGAACAAAAUGUAUUGUGCACAAAUGUUUCAUUUUGCCGUUAUAAUAAGGUUGGUAGCAACAUGGAAAAUCGUUGUGGAAAUCUGUUGCAGCUCAAGUCGACUACAAAAUCCACAAUGCAAUGCUCUCUCUAUGGGCUGGCUGGCUAGCUAGAUAGGUAGCUAGCUAGCUAGCAAACAUACUGUAGCUACACACAAUAAUACCAAAGACAAUAUCAGCAUGUAAAGUAGCUAGUUAGCUGUAAAAUCACCUAAACAAACUGCACUAUCAAUUUAGGAGUCUACAAUCUCCUGCAGAUCGAUGUCGCUCACAGAGUGGAGUCUAACAUUCGCAACUGCAGAUAUACUUUUGAGGAGGUGGGAAACAUUGCCCAUGCUAUGUCAAUGGGCCGCGCGGUGCAUUCUGGGCGAUUAUGGGACAAGGAGCACUCUCCUUCAAGGAGUGAAUAAGAGUCUAUUUUGGCGCUAGCUCAAAAACCCAACAUUAGCACAAAUUUUGUCAACAAGAAGUACAACAUUACAUAUCUUUUCCGAAAUGUGAGAUAAUUAACUUGCUAUCUGUAGUAUCGUAUAGCUUUGGAAUCAUGACAUUACGUACUUUUGAGGAAAAUAGGCCGAUUAGUUUAGCAACCGCAUGAUGCAGCAUGACAACGUGAACGUGAUUGGUCAACAGUCUGCUGGGUGGGGCGUUACACGUUCCUUCAUCCAUUGGAUUCUCCUUUCUAUAAUAUCUCUGGCAACAGCACCAUGCAAUGCACCCUGGACUAACGAGGCAGACACAUAGGAAGAAUGUGCUAGACCCUCUGUUAAAUUACACAUUUCUCGAGGUUGGAAUAUCGCAGAAAUAUGAUCAAUGGCUCAUUCGAGAGAAGACAUCCUCCCGACUUAUGACAUCGGCCAGUAUUGAAAUCUGAAAUGAAUGAUAGACGUUUUCGCGAUCUAAAAGUCGUAUUCCUAUUAACUUCCAGUCUAGUGAGAGCGACUUUAUCACGGUGCUACGUCAUACCGGCCGGAUUUCUGCCUGCUUGAACGCCAAUAACUCAGAUACACAUGAAAACAUGAAAUUACCCAGGGAAUCGAUAGAACAUCACUCAGAGAUGCACAAAAUCAAUUUAACAUUCAAAAUGGGUAAACCUUGCCUUUAAGUGCAAGGUGUGUGUGUGAGAGAGAGAGAGCGAGAGCGAGAGCGAGAGAGGGGGGGGGGGCAGUCAGACGCGAGAGAGAGAUGGACAGAUAGACAGACAGAGAGCGAGAGAGACAGAGAGCGAGGGACAGACAGACAGACAGACAGACAGACAGACAGACAGACAGACAGACAGACAGACAGACAGACAGACAGACAGACAGACAGACAGGCAGACACAGAGAGAGAGAGAGAGAGAGAGCGAGAGAGAGUUCUGAGUUUCCAGUUGUUUUGAGCGCGGCAGAAAUCAUGCUGAUUGACACCAUGGCCAAUGUUGAAUGUUGGAAAAGAGACCCUUAAACCCAGACUUGGACCACGCACCCUCUCCACUGAAUAGAAGGCUAGUGAUUGCUUUUGCAAUGCUUUCAGUUAGCUACUGAUUCCUUCCAAACCACUCAUUGUUGAAUUUGUGAUUUCCAACUUGUUGUGUAAUGUUUAUGUCCAAUGGCCGAUGAGCACCGAUACAUUUUAUCUAUAAUUUCUCUUCAUUAUUUAUCUUCAUAUGUCAAGGAUUAAAAAGGAUUUGCCAGUAGAUUGUCGACUGGAUUCAUGAUGAUGACUGCUAGCUAAGAUUUAGAAAGUAUGAUGUUGACAUGAUCAGUCCAAUCAAAGUUGCUGUAGAUAUAACAUGAUUUGACGUCAUUUAUCUGUGGCCAAUGACCUUCAGCCUUCUUGGAUGGGCACUUCCUAUGUAACUCUAUGGCAGCACCCAAGGGGCUUGAAUUUUCAAGCUCUACCCUUAGAUUUGGCAGUGACAUAAUGUCCCCAUGAGUGACAGAACACUGAGCCAAUCAUGGCGCAACUAGAGAACAUUACCAACCCCUACGCUCCGUAUUUUCUGCCGGUUGCCCCACCACCACCACCACCACCACCACAGAAAGCGCUGAAAAACCUGCAUUUUGGAGCUGCCUUACUCAAGAAAGCAAAAGAAAGAGACCAAGUUUGUAUGCGGCUUUAUUAACUCAAAAAAAAAAAAAUUAGAUAUAUAUAUAUAUAUAUAUAUAUAUAUAUAUAUAUAUAUAUAUAUAUAUAUAUAUAUAUAUAUAUUUAGCUAGAAAGGUGGGGCUCAAAACAGGUGGGGCUCUACCUGCCACUGACAUUUAGUAAUUGCUUGCUUUUCUAAAGUCUACCAACCUUGCCAACAGACAUGCCAGCUAAGAUAGUUAAGACAAGCUAGCGACUCUAACGUGAUUGAUAGCCUGAAAUGGCUUCUUGGUAGCUAGUUGUGAGGUUGGGGUAUUGGGCACCUAUCUGGGCUGGCUAAAGACAACUUCAUAACAUUGCUAGAUGGCUAGUAGAAUUACAGACAAACAAAAUAUUAAAUGAACAUUUGAGAUUUUUUUAAACCGGGCAUGAUGCCUCUGACUCCGUGUCCUGUCACAGGGCAAUUUACCGCACGUGUUUGUUUUAUCCCCUCCUCCUAUAGGCCUACUGUAAAUGCUGUUUGAAUAUGCAAACAACCAGAAACCCGUCACAGUUAGUCAAUCAGUAUGACAAAAACCUAACUUCUGGUAAAACAAGGACAGGAGGGGUGAGACCAUCUAUUUUACUGUAAACACAUGUAGUACGCCUAAUAUUACUGGUCAGGCGUCUAACGUUUCCAUACACAGCACAACUUUCUGCUUUACCUCCCGCUAUGACACACCAGUUUCGUUUAUUCCUAUUCCUAUUCCUACUCCCCUCUCUCUCUCUCUCUCUCUCUCUUAAUUUCAAUUUUCAAUUUAAGGGCUUUAUUGGCAUGGGAAACGUAUGUUAACAUUGCCCAAGCAAGUGAAGUAGAUAGUAAACAAAAGUGAAAUAAACAAUAAAUAUUAACAGUAAACAUUACACUCAGAAGUUUCAAAAGAAUAAAGAGACGUCUCUCUCUCUCUCUCUCUCUCUCUUCUCCUUUGAUGCCAAGUCCCGCCCCUCGACCGGGGUGCAGGAGCGGCGUGAGUGGCUGAGAGGACUAAGCGUUCCCUGCAACAGCUGCCUCUAUCCACCACAGGAGUCGGCGGAACUGAGCCCAGUGGAGAACGACAGACAGCCGGUUUGUCACGCAUUGCCACAGCACCGAACCAUCAGGCCAAACGCAGAUCGCUUAGGACGACAUAUCUAUACAUUCAUGACCGGACAAGGAUUACGUUGCGAAGAAGAUAACAGCACGGAAGAGAGAGAACGGAUUAUACGCAGGUAGGAAUAGGAUAUGUCUGGACGCUCUGUAUUGUAAACGGGCUCAGUGAAAGCAACGCUAUAAUAAAUCACCCAGCCAGCCGGGGCACCAAUGCAGUAUGUGUGUGUUGGAGAUCGACUAUAUUGCAGUCAUUUUGCGCAGCGCAACAGAUCUUCAUGACACUUGGAAGGGAGUUAUUACAAUUUAGAAAUUAUAUAGCAUUCUGCUAUGUUGCGCAGCUCGGCUGCAAUGUAGUUGAUGUCAAACACCCACCGUGUUUUCUCGGAUUAAACCUGCUGAAAUGCGGGUAUUUGCGCAUAAACCUAAUGUGUAUGCGGAAAUCUGUGCGUAAUAACACCGUGUCAUUCUAAUCGUAGGCUAGGUUAAGACCUAUAGGUAUUUAUAUAGAAGAUGAAGGGCUUUUGGUGAUCGUUACAACCAGCGAAUGCAUUGGCUGGGUCGAGUCUUUGUGCUGUUCGCCGCAGUCCCCCUUCCCCCCUUCCCCCGGUGUGUGUCUGUGGAUCGCUUUAACUGAGGUCGUAGGCCUACGUGCAAACUUGCUCGAGCAGCGAUUUGUAACUUGCACGUAUACCGUAGACCCCGUGUAUCCGCCUCCGGUGAUCAAAAUACUCUUUCGAUAACGUUUUGUUACAGUUGGAAAAGGAUUGUAUCGCGCAGUAGGCAAUAGCCUACGCACUGUAGCUGCAUCAUGACGCUCGUCAUUGACUGAAAAUAAUAAAAGCAAACUGUUUCUAAAUUUGGGAGACAUUUUCCCACAUAGUUUCUAUUCAGUCUAGCUUAUAGACUUAAGGGCUAUGGUGAGCAGGACACUUCCCGUUUCACUAGUUUUAUCUUUUUAGCAUUACCCAGGAAAAUAAACGAUUGGUUUCCAAGAUUAGGUUUAUUGUUUAUGAGCCAAUAAAACGCAAUGGUUAUUAACUCUGUCAAGGGGCUGACAAACACGUUUGUUAUCUAAUGACACAUGCCCAGGACUUUCGAAACCUAUGAGGCAUAAGUUACAUUUUAGGUGUGUUAUUUCUCUCACACGCUCUCUCUCUCUUAUCAUUUAUUUCCUUCUCUUUCAGGACUGUCGGGUUUUAGGAGUGCCCCUGGCCACCAUGGAUAAAACUUUGCAUAUCUUGCAGAAACCGACAGCCUCAACCGAUAAGGUCCUGGACGGUGGAACGGGACUCGCUCUGGAUAUGAGUAUGAGAGACCGGGAAUUCACGGAACAAUCGAUUAGACUUACCGAUAAAAUCCCGUUAGUGAAGCCCUAUUUCAAAAAGAAAAAAGGACAGAGGAAACUGGAAUCAAAAUGCCUCCGUGCGCUCCAGGACCCUAUCCUGACCACAUUACUGAGUACAGAUGCACUUGUUACUGGAGACGGGGUGUUUGUUCCCCGGAACCCUCCGGCAAGGACAGCGGGGAACCUGUGCACUGCGGCGGUGGUCAAACAGGCACGGAUUGGUGGGCCUGUGUGCCUGAAAGACUCGGGAGCAACCGGUGUAACGGCUAUGAUUACCGGCGACACGGACACAGAAAUGGCGGACACCGCCGCCGAGUUGGAGGAGACCGAGAGGGGGGUAACCAAGGUGCCGGUAGAUCUCCAGCGCGUGACAAUAGACACUAACGAGCGCAGAUUCCAGCUCAAAUGUACCCCUCGGGCACGCGACGUGGUGGCGGCAACCCCCCACACCAGAUACCCCUCUAGUAACCCCUCCAAGCCAGGGGGGCAACAAGAUGUCGGACCUCUUCGCCUCUAAAGCCUUGCGGGGGCCAGAUUGUCUCACCAUCAAAGACAGUAUGAACACCCCCAGUCUUCAGGCCGACAAAAGCGAGAUAUUUCAGGAUAAAAGCGAAGAGGCCUCCCUGGAUCUAGUUUUUGAACUGCUAACCCAGCUCCAGUACCACACACACCAAGCCGACGCGGUUUCGAUCUGCGUGGAUUUCCUGCAGGGAUUGUGUGUGUACGGGAGUGACUGUGCUUACCACCAUACUGUGCUGCCCUACCACUGGCAGAUCCGCAGGAGUGAUACUCAAAGCUGGCAAAGCGUGGCGGAUGAUUCGCAGGAACAGUUGGAGAGGCUUUACUGCAAUCCGGAUCAUGAUCAAAUCAGGCUAAAAUUUCAGUAAGUGUUUUUAUUUUGUUAUAGUGGUUCCUCCUGUUCUACGUUCUGUGUGAAAGUAGCCUAAUAGAGCUGAGAUUAUAUUUACAGUAUUAAGACAGGAAUGCUUUGAUAUGAGAAAGGUAUGCUGUUUGAUUGAUCUGUUUCAGUAUGUGUGUGUGUGUUGUAAUGAUUAACUGACUGAGUCGUUUUGGUUCCCGACUUCCCGUAUCUCAGUUCUUCUUUGGGUGUCAUUGUUAUGACACGUUUAGUUCCUGCAAUAGAGUGAGUGUGCUCUUUCUGCUCCCAAACCUAGCCUUCUCAUUGGUUGAAACAGCUCAAACCAGGAAGUGCUGUACCCAUGGCAGCUUAGAGCUAGGAUCUUGCAUGACCUACUGCUGCCUGGUGCGGUCACUGACACGCAGGCACUGGCUGUCUCUCACGCACAAGCGCUUGGCAAGCGCUAGCAGACAGGCAUACAAAGUGUGCUCUGGUUCAAGCGAUACACACCACAUUCACACAAUGACACGGUUAGCUAUUUGACCACAUAAGCACGUGUGUGUGGGUGACUGUGCAUGUGUUGUUGAUUUUAGGUUUUAAACUGAAACUACAUGCAAACCUUCCCACCCACAGGAUACACACCUGUCCGUGAGAACCCAAAUGCAGCCAAGCUUUUGUUUGAUUACGCCUAGAGAUAUUAGGCUUUGGUGAUAGUAACUUAGUAUAGUAGUGUUUCCUAAACAUUAUAAACAGCCAUUCUAUAUACAUAGCCAAAAUAACGCAGUAACUACCAGUGUAUUAACCUAUAUAAUUACUGUGUAACAGACUAGUAAAUACAUUUAAGAAACCUCUUCUUACAUUCUCUCAGAAAGCCAAAGUAGCCAUGGUAACUAUCGGUAUAAAGACAGACUGUAGGACUUUUAUUUAAGUUUCAAAUACUUUCCCAUUAGUUUAAACCUCUAUUUAAAAGGUAUUUGUGUUCUUCUUUAUUUCUUUCUGUUGUGAAGUAUUAAACAAUCAAAUUCUCAGGGAGAAUUUCAAACAACGGCCUCCAACACACUCCCGACAUGCUCUGAAUUUGAAUUCACAUGUAAUAAGCAAGUAAAGCAACGGUACCUACAUUUCCAGAGUUGGCCAGAUGUACAGCUAGCUUUACUGUAACCGGUCGACCCCUCUUCCCACCCCAACACACACACACACACACACACACACCCCGUGUGAUAUGGUGUUACCAUAGUAACUGAAUACAGUUGAUAACAGCUGUUAUCUGAAGAGCAGCACAGGACAAAACAAGCCUGGCCGUCGACAUGGCAACAUACUUAUUUGACUGCAGCUGCUGUGUGAGAGAGUGAGUGGGAGUGGCCGGUUUCCGAGUCAUCGCCCGACGUCCUCAGACUGGAUGGACGUCGAAUACUGACUUGUAUCGCGGGUGACCUGGCUGGGUUUGAGAGAGGGCAUGCAUGUGUGAGAUUGUGAACAUGGGACAGCAAGUUAAUAAUUUAUUGUGUGUGUGUUUGUGUGUGUGUUUUAUCGUCUCAACGUGUUUGUGUGUUCAUGUUUCUAUGUCAUACAGUAUGUGAAUGAUUUGAGUUUGACUGUAUGUCAGUCUGUCACUGUGUGUGAGGCAUGGUGCUUUGUGCUGCACUUACCACCCCAUUCAUUUCUUAUGAAGUGUGUGACUGCCUUGCUCAGUUAGCAAGCUAAUGUUCGCUAACUAAUGAGCAGGUGCACAUUAUCAAACUGAACCUAACAAAAAAAUAUUUUAAGAAUAAAACUCCUUAGCUAUAUGUAAAGACUUGCUCUAGAAAAUGUCUUAUGCAGUUGUAUUGUUUGUUACAACCCUUGAGAUGAAAGGGGAGUGGAUUACACCAGGAAGAGGCCAUCUUUGUGGAUUACACCAGGAAGAGGCCAUCUUUGUGGAUUACACCAGGAAGAGGCCAUCUUUUUCUUGUCACUUCUGUCGGCUCCCCCACGUGAAGGUUCAUGCUCUUUGAUUGGCUCAUAGCCAAGUUCUCGGCCACUGACGAGCAUUAAGAUUCUACAAGUAGAAACGGCAGGUUUGUCAGUACGAGGUCGGUACACAGCAGGGACGUCUUCUGUUCUAGCAAGAGAAGGAACAGCCUCCUACUGUGAUAGUUCCUAUCAGCAGUCAGAUUUCUCGGUGUGUCUGUUCCAUAAUAGAGAACUUAAAGGGAUACCAAAUAUUUUUUUUACUAACCCAAGAUAGACCAGAGCCUGUCGUUUCUUUGGGAGCAAAUUAAUCAUAGUGGGCAGAACAAGCACGAGCUAGUGAGAUCCUAGUGGCCAAAACUAUCUCUAACCUGCUUCAUACUGGACAUAAAGACAUUAAAAUAGUAUCCACAAGUUCAUCUGACUCUGGGGAAGUAGAUAAAUUGCCUCAUUGCCAAAAUCCUGAAGAAUCAAUUUAACAUUUCUAUUGAUACCCUUUUUAUGUCUCAACGCCCAAAAUCUUAGAACAUAUCAGACCCUACUAAAAUAUGUGUAUCAAUGAACACGAUUGUGGAAAAUGAAUGCGCAGUUUCUGUCACGCGGAGUACCACGUACCGCUAGCAGCAUUUUAGCCACAGACUGUCUGGUUUUAUAAAUGUGCAAUGAGCAUAAACAUACGCAUUUAUUUAAGGAAUUGGCAACUUGUUCUCAUUCUGAGAAAUAAGCAUCUUCUUAUCCAGGUAGGCCACUUGAUUUCAACAUCUAAACAAAGUGACACUGGAGAAUGACAUUUUUUGAUUGGUUUUGAGUUGAGUUCAUGACAUUUUUGAUUGGUUUUGAGUUGAGUUCAUGACAUUUUUUGAUUGGUUUUGAGUUGAGUUCGGACAUAGAAACUGCAGGGAGGCAUUUGAUAUGUAUAGCUCAAAUUUCCAAUUGAUCUAGUAUUGUGUGUGUGUGUGUAUGAGGGGUUGGGAGUUCCAUCAUGGUUGUAUGAGACCAUAGAUGAAUCCCAUCCAUAUGAUACCUAGGAAGGAAGUACUAACACUAAUCCUCUUUUCUCAAGAUUUCUCUGGCCAGCUACAGUUACAUAGAGAGAGGAAUGGAAUACUCAUCACUUAACACAUGAUUCACUUUUUACCUACGCUCAUCCCCGUGACAGGAAUAUGUUAUGUAAUGUGUGUGUGUGUGUGUGUGAGCCUUUUUGUUGGACAGGCCGUAAGCGGUUCACACGUCAUUAACUGACCGAGUCACUGAGCACCAAGGGCAGAGUGACCUGACACCAAGGAGUGUGUGAUUGCUUUUGUCCAUGUGCACAACUGCCUGUGUUUGUGUCUUUGUGCCACUGUCUGUCAGAAAAUAUGUGUGUGUAUGUGAAUGUUUCCUUGCGUGUGUUUGCUUCCUUGCGUGUGUGUGUGUGAAUGUUUCCUUGAGUGCGUGUGUGUGCUACUUGUUUAUGUGUGUGUGAGGAGAUAACGUGUCAAACCGCUUAUGAAAUGAUUCACUGGGGGCGAGGUCUGGGCCGUCCUGCCUUUCAUGACUCAGCCUCUACCUUUAACUCUCUAUCUCUCUGUCUCUCUGUCUCUCUCUCUCUUUGUGUGUGUCUCUGUCUCUGUGUCUCUCUCUCUGUGUCUCUCUCUGUGUCUCUCUCCUCUGUGUCUCUCUCUAUAUGUCUCUCUCUGUGUUCUAUCUUCUUCUCUGUCUCUAUCUCUCUCUUCAUGGGUUAUGCUUCUGUGUCUCUCUAUUCUCUCUUGUUGUCUCUCUAUCUGUCCUCUCUCUCUCGGGGUGUAUAUUCUGUGUGUUUGUCCCUAUCUAUCUGUGAUCUCUCUCUCUCUAUCUUCUGUUGUCUCUCUCUCUCUGUGUGUCUCUUCUCACUGGUGUGCUCUGUGUCUCUCUCUCUGCUGUGGUCUCUCCCCUGUGGUGGUCUGUGUCUCUCUAUCAUCUCUGUGCUUCUCUGUUCUUAUCUUCUCCUCUCGUAUCUAUCUAUAUAUCUGUGUUGUCUAUCUGUGUCUAUCUAUCUCUCUGUUUGUUGUCUCUAUAUCUCUAUCGCUCUUCUCUCCUGUGUACUAUCCUCUUGUUGUCUUCUCUGUAUCUGUGUGUGUCUCUCUCUUUUUUCUUUUUCUAUCUGUCUCUUUCUCUCUCUCUAUCUGUGUAUAUCUCUAUCUCGCUAUGUGACUCUCUCUCUCUGGUUGUGUCUUCUUCUCUCUCUGUUGUUCUCUCUUUUUUCUUCUUGUUCUCUUCUUCUUCGUUGUUACCUCUCUUUGUGUCUCCUCUCUGUUUUGUGUCUCCCCUCUCUGUGUCUCUCUCUCUCUUCUGUCUCUCUCUUCUGUGUCUCUCUCUCUCUUUUUUUUGUGUCUCUCUCUCUCUCUUUUUUUGGUUCUCUCUCUCUUUUUCUCUUCCCCUCUCUCUCUCUUCUCUCUCUUUCUCUCUCUCUCUCUCUUUUCUCUCUCUCUCUCUCUCUUGUUGUGUGGCCUGCCUGUGGUGUUCGUGACCUGCAGGCUUCCGUACGUUAUAGAAGCAAAUUUUCUAUCCUCCUCCUUAUCCUUGGAUCUCUAUUUAUAUAUCCUCCUCCUUAUCCCUGGAUCUUAUUUACAUAUCCUCCUCCUUAUCUCUCUGGCAUCUUCUUUUUCAUAUCCUCCUCCCCAUCCCUCUGGCAUCUCUCUUUUUUCAUCCUUCCCUAUCUCUCUGGCAUCUCUCUUUUUUCUAUCCUCCUCCCUAUCCCUCUGGCAUCUCUCUUUUUUCGAUCCUCCUCCCUAUCCCUCUGGCAUGUCUCUUUUUCCUAUCCUCCUCCCUAUCCCUCUGGCAUCUCUAUUUUACAUAUCCUCCUCCUUAACCCUCUGGCAUCUCUCUUUUUCCUAUCCUCCUCCCUAUCCCUCUGGCAUCUCUCUUUUUCUCUCUCCCCAUCCUCAACCUGUCCCUCCUCUCUCCCUCCCUCUCAAACUCUACCUCUCAUCAACGUCUCCCCACUGUGUUGACUGAAUAACCUGGCCCCAUGGAGAACGUUCUAGCAUGGCAGAAGAGCACUACGUGUUCAGGAAGAUUAUGUUGAAAUUCUGUGAUGGAUGGAAGGGAACAAUAGAGGGUGAUGGGAGUGUGUUGUGGUUUCUUGCUCAUUUCUAAAGCUGGGAAACAGAACCAAAACACGACCACGAACAGCAUGUACUCUUUCAUCUCUAUAUGAGGAAGUGAGGAAUACCCAGUGUGUGUGUGUACACAUUGUCCUCCUCAACUAACCAAAGUGCGUUCUUUCUUGUGUGUGUCACUGGGGUGUAUGUCGUGGUAUAACUUUUGGAGCCUGCCUCAACGUCAUUAGGUUCACUGGCUUGUGUGUGUGUGUGUGAGGAGAGAGAGAGCUUGGUAUAGGACUGGAUUUAGACCCCUCAUGUUUUUGCUGUUUGUUCUUUGUCUCUCACACACACAUAUAUACACACACUCUCAGAUCUCAGAGACCACAAACCACAGCCGCCCCAGAGGUGUUUUUUUAGGUGUGUGACAGAGUGCCGAGGAAGAGGGCAGGCUAAUUAGCAGCGCUUUCCUCCUCUAUAUUUGAAACACUCCAGGCUUGAACUCAUUACAGCUGUUAUUUCAACUGCUGUCUGUGUGUGUAAAUCAAAACUUCAGUUGACUGUGCCCUGCACUCAAGGAGCUGUGUGUAUCAUGUGUAUGCACGUGUGGUGUGUGUGACCUGAUCGUUUCACCGGACACUAAUGCGUCACCAUGGUUGGCCAGGCGUUGCCCCUGUUGCCAUGGUGAUCCCAGUACUGCUCUGUGAUUGGUUCGUUGGGUAUUGUGACCAUGACCUUUCUCUCUCUCUCUAUCUCUGGUGAGCUAUCAUUAUUAUUAGCAUUACAUAAGGCUUGUGUUGACAUAGAUAGCACAUUUACUGAACUCCAAUGACAGUUGACCGCAAUGUGUGAUAUCUGGGGGGUUUGUGUGAUGUUGCAAGAUAAGUAGGGCGGCAGGUAGCUUAGUGGUUAAGAGCGUAGUGCCAGUAACCGAAAGGUCGCUGGUUCUAAUCCCUGAGCCGACUAGGUGAAAAAUCUGUCUGUGCCCUUGAGCAAGGCACUUAACCCUAAUUGCUCCUGUAAGUCGCUCUGGAUAAGAGCGUCUGCUAAAUGACUAAAAUGUAAAUGUAAGUGACUGUUUCUGUGAAGUGAGACUGACCGUGUGUUCUCUUCUCUCCUAGGGGUCGUGUGUUUUCCUUAGAUUUCAGUGCCAUGCGUGUAUGUGACCUGGAGUUCGACCGCGUCAGACGGUUGACCACUCCCUCCAGCCCUGCUGCCCCACCCCUAAACACAAACCCCGCCCCUAAUUGCCACACAGUGUGGAAAUACUACUGCAGAGACAACUUCGGCUGGAGAGAAUACUCUGAGGUGAGUGUCUCUUGUCUCUGUGUGAGUGUCUCUGUGUGAGUGUCUCUGUGUGUCUCUGUGUGAGUGUCUCUGUGUGAGUGUCCUGUGUGUCUCUGUGUGAGUGUCUCUGUGUGAGUGUCUCUGUGUGAGUGAGUGUCUCUGUGUGAGUGAGUGUCUCUGUGUGUGUGAGUGUCUCUGUGUGUGUGAGUGUCUCUGUGUGUGUGAGUGUCUCUGUGUGUGUGUGAGUGUCUCUGUGUGUGUGAGUGUCUCUGUGAGUGUGUGAAGGGUGAGUUAGAGGCUAUUAAAGGAGAUGUAACAAACUGACAAAGGAGCCCUCACACCAAUCAGUUGUCUGCCCACCGUCAGAAGAGAAAUACAUCAAUGAAGGAUCAUACACACACACAGAUUACAGGGUCCAGUCCUAACUGCUGCGUGUGUGUAUGUGUUCAGAGUUCUGUGUGCGUGUGUUCAAAGCAGGGGUUGGAACCAAAAGUAUUUUCCGAUAGUUUAGUUCUGAACAGAACCACAAUUUCUAUUCAUUCUGUUCCACUGUUCCGACCAGCAAAAUAAUGUUCUGAACCGGUUCGACCCAAAACAAAGUACCGGUUUAUAUAGUUCCUUUCUGUUCCUUUUUUAACCUGUGAAAUCAACAGUUAAAAAAAAACAUUUAGCUCAUUUAAAUGACUUCACCAAUCAGUGCGGAUAGAGCGGUUUGCUAUGGAGCAGGCAAGCUUGGGAGGGGGAGGUAGCCUGUACUUCGAAGGGGGAGGUAGCCUGUACUUCGAGGGGGGAGGGGGAGGUAGCCUAUACUUGGGAGGGGAGGUAGCCUGUACUUCGGAGGGGGGAGGGGGAGGUAGCCUAUACUUGGGAGGGGAGGUAGCCUAUACUUCAGAGGGGGAGGUAGCCUAUACUUCAGAGGGGGAGAGGGUAGCCUGUACUUCGGAGGGGGGAGAGGGAGGUUAGCCUGUACUUCGAAGGGGGGAGAGGGAGGUAGCCUGUACUUUGGAGGGGGGAGAGGGAGGUAGCCUGUACUUCGGAGGGGGGAGAGGGAGGUAGCUGUACUUCGAAGGGGAGGUAGCCUGUACUUCGAGGGGGGGAGGGGGGCCUGUACUUCGGAGGGGGGAGGGGGAGGUAGCCUGUACUUCGGAGGGGGGAGGGGGAGGUAGCCUAUACUUGGGAGGGGGAGGUAGCCUGUACUUCGAGGGGGGAAGGGGAGGUAGCCUACACUUGGGAGGGGAGGUAGCCUGUAACUUAGGAGGGGUGGAGGGGGAGGGGGAGUAGCCUAUACUUGGGGAGGGAGGUAGCCUGUACUUGGAGGGGGGAGGGGGAGGUAGCCUAUACUUCGAGGGGGGAGGGGGAGGUAGCCUAUACUUCGGAGGGGGGAGAGGGAGGUAGCCUGUACUUCGGAGGGGGGAGGGGGGAGGGGGAGGUAGCCUGUACUUCGGAGGGGGGAGGGGGAGGUAGCCUAUACUUCGGAGGGGGGAGGGGGGAGGGGGAGGUAAUAAUAUAAUAAUAAUAAUAAUAUAAUAAUAAUAAUAUGCCAUUUAGCAGACGCUUUUAUCCAAAGCAACUUACAGUCAUGCGUGCAUACAUUGUUGUGUAUGGGUGGUCCCGGGGAUCGAACCCACUACCUUGGCGUUACAAGCGCCGUGCUCUACCAGCUGAGCUACAGAGGACCAGGUAGCCUGUACUUCGGAGGGGGAGGUAGCCUAUACUUCGGAGAGGGGGGUAGCCUAUACUAAAUAAAAACAUGCCUGGGACGUAAAAUAACAUUGUUAACCUCUUCCAUUUAUUUUGGAAUAACGGUUCUAUUCCAGACCGGUACAGAUCACUUUCGUUCUGAUUCUGUUCCCUGAACAUUUUCAUUAUUUUCUGUUCUGUUCCCUGAACCGGUUCCAACUCCUGGUUCAGAGUUCUGUAUUUGUUCAUGUGUGUAUUCCCAGUGCUACAAUUCAGUUUUAUAUGUUUUGUUAGCAUGAAACGUUUUAAUAGUGCCAAAGCAGAUUCAAGUGUUAGUUACACAAUAUUAAGAGGAACAACUUUGAAUCACAUUAUUAUAACUGAUGAAUAAGUCACCGCUAUAAAUAAUAUAUCCAACUAAAUCUCUCUCUCCCACCACUCCACUCCCCCACUCCCCCCUCCCCCUCCACCUCCCCCUCCCUCCCUCCCCCUCCCCCUCCCCCCCCUCCCUCCCUCCCUCCCCCUCCCCCCUCUCCCUCUCCCUCCAGCCGGUGGUCCGUCUGAUAGAGGAGGCUAGUGGUCGUGGUCUGAAGGAGGUCCGUUUCAUCACCCUCCAGAACCAGUACAUCCUCAACAUCAGAGAGGGCUUCCAGCAGAACGCCGUGUUCGGCUUCAGACGCCAGAUCAAGAAACGACCGCUCUUCCUCUCCUCCGUUGUCCUCGCGCCACAUCUACAGUGAGUACUGGAGUAAAACUACACUGAGUGGACAAAACAUUAAGGACACCUGCUCUUUCCAUGACAUAGACUGACCAGGUGAAACUAUGACCCCUUAUUGAUGUCACCUGUUAAAUUCAUAUCAAUCAGUGUAGAUGAAGGGGAGGAGACAGGUUAAAGAAGAAUUUAUACGCCUUGAGACAUGGAUUGUGUAUGUGUGCCAUUCAGAGGGUGAAUGGGCAAGACAAAAUAUUUAAGUGCCUUUGAACGGGGUAUGGUAGCAUUGGAGUCAACAUGGGGCCAGCAUCCCAUUUGAACUCUUUCGACACCCUGUAGAGUCCAUGUCCCGACAAACUUGAGGCUGUUCUGAGGGCAAAAGGGAGGGGGGGGGGGGUAACUCAAUAUUAGGAAGGUGUUCUUAAUGUUUUGUACACUCAGUGUAUACUAGCUAUACAUUCACCUUUUAGAUCUACUGGGCUAAUACAACCACUAUACAAUAACGCUUUUGAUGUAGUCGUUUAGCUUUAGCACACAGUCUUAUCCAGAACUCCCCAUGAGCAAUCUCCCACUUGUGGGAUGGAAAUGUCUGAUUUGAAAGUUGAUUUUGAUGGUGAACUGUCCUGUUCACAUUUACAUAGCAUAGUACACUGGAGCCUGCUGCUACCAAAAUAACUUGUCUUGUAUGGAUGGUACCAUCGCACAGCACGCUGUGGUUGGACAUGAUGUGCCAGCACAGUGAGCAACACCACACACGCUCUUCUCUUACUUAGGUAGUGUCAGUGUGAAACAGUGUUCCAUAGAGCCAGCCAGUCAGUCAGUCGGUCAGUUGGUCAGUCGGUCAGACAGUCAGUCGGUCAGACAGUCAGUCAGUCAGUCAGCCAGUCAGUCGGUCGGUCAGUCGGUCAGUCGGUCAGACAGUCAGUCAGUCAGUCAGUCAGCCAGUCAGUCGGUCGGUCAGUCAGUCGGUCGGUCAGUCGGUCGGUCGGUCGGUCGGUCGGUCGGUCGGUCGGUCGGUCGGUCGGUCGGUCGGUCGGUGGAAGUAGCAGACGGUCAGUCAGGCCCUAGUGUAGUGAAGCACAUUGAGCUAACUACCAGAACACAGUGCUGCCCUGUCCCUGUCCCUGUCCCUGUCCCUGUCCCUGUCCCUGUCCCUGUCCCUGUCCCUGUCCCUGUCCCUGUCCCUGUCCCUGCCCCUGUCCCUGUCCCUGUCCCUGUCCCUGUCCCUGUCCCUGCCCCUGUCCCUGUCCCUGCCAGUCCUAUCAGUCCAGUACUGCUGCUACUGGGGGAGCUAGACUGUGCUGUUCCAACCCGGCCUGGAACAAACAGAUGGAAAGAGUGAAAGAAAGGGAGACAAGGGAAAGAGAGACCGAGAGAGGGGAAAGAGAGAGAAAAGAGAGAGAAGAGGGAGGGACAGAAGAAAAAGGGAACGGAUGGAAAAGGAGAAAAAGAGAGGGCCUAAAUGGCUUCCAGACGGCAGCAUGACUGAACGAGUGUGAAACGUGACUGUGGGGAGUUGGAAUGUGAGCAAGGGAUUUGUCCCCGGGACUUUUCAUCUGUUUUCUUCUUUCCAUCUAUGGCUGAUGCUAGACUGUUCUGUUCUCCUCUUCUCUAGUCACCAAGUCAUGAGUCUCCUCUUCUCUAGUCACCAAGUCAUGAGUCUCCUCUUCUCUAGUCAACAAGUCAUGAGUCUCCUCUUCUCUAGUCAACAAGUCAUGAGUCUCCUCUUCUCUAGUCAACAAGUCAUGAGUCUCCUCUUCUCUAGUCAACAAGUCAUGAGUGUCCUCUUCUCUAGUCACCAAGUCAUGAGUCUCCUCUUCUCUAGUCACCAAGUCAUGAGUCUCCACUUCUCUAGUCACCAAGUCAUGAGUCUCCUCUUCUCUAGUCACCAAGUCAUGAGUCUCCACUUCUCUAGUCACCAAGUCAUGAGUCUCCACUUCUCUAGUCACCAAGUCAUGAGUCUCCACUUCUCUAGUCACCAAGUCAUGAGUCUCCACUUCUCUAGUCUCCUCUCACAAUAACAUGCAAUCUUACUGUGUUCAUUUUGAGUUCAGUGUGUGUGUGUGUGUGUGUGUGUGUGUGUGUGUGUGUGUGUGUGUGCUUUAGGAACGUAAUGUCCUGCUGAGCACACGGGUGGAAGUCAUUCGCUUGAUUGCCUCUGUAGCUCUGUAGACGCUUGCGAGUUCUCACUUUGGCAAAUACACACACACACACACACACACACACACACGUGUCCGUUCACCUUGCCUUAAACACAUCCACCCUCCUUCACUCUUUCACCUCUUCCUCUCUUCCUUGGCUGUUUUUCUAUCCACGUCUUUAUCCUCCCCCUGGUUCUUUCAUUACAUUUGUUUUCUCUCUCUUCCCUGUGAUCUUCUCAGAACACACAGGGAACAAAGCACCUGAUUGUGGGGACAGAUUUCAGCGUGACACUCAAACAAAGCAAGACUGAACUGAGAUGAAAGAUGAGACUGUCAGGGGAGGGAGGGAGAGGGAGGGAAGGAGAGAGAACCUGACUGUUAGUGACUCAUGACAGACAGGGCCAUCUGACGGCCUCCUGAUAUGCCCUUGCUUUGUGUUUUCUCUGUGUCUGCUCCUCAUUUCUGUGAAGCUCAUCGUCUUCCUCUUCGUCUUCCUCUUGGCUGUUGACACUACUGCUGCAGUAGAGUUUCGCCCGCUUCUAGCACUAUGACAUCAUCAUGUUGUUUAUCAUGCAGGAUGUGGUGGAGCUAGAGUUGAUUGGUUAUUCAGCAUUAGCGUAGGUUCUAAUGAAAUAAAACAUCAUUGGAUUAUUCCGGAUGUGGUUUACAAUUCUAAAAGUUAUCCGUAUAAUAUUCCCAGAUAUGGUGUGUAACUCUGCCCCCUCCCCCUCUUCUCUUUUCCAGGACUCUCGGUGGCCUCUCCUCCUCCUCCUCCUCCUCCUCCUCCACUCUGGAUCUGUCCGUGUCUCUCCCUCUCUCUCCCACCUUCACCAACCCUCCCAGCAUAUUCCCAGAGACCUGGUUACCCAUGAAGACCAGCCAGGACUUCCUGCAGGUUCCGGUAUCCCGUGACGACCGGAGCUAUCGGACCGUCUACACCCUCUUCCACAAGACCGUGUCCGAAACCAAGUUCCGCAUCCUGAAGAUCCUCCGCGUCCAGAACCCCUUCCUCUGGGAGAAAUACAAGCGGUGAGUUAUCAUACAGUUAUUACACAGUUAUUAAAUGGGUAUGUUGUUACACAGAAAUUCACCUGGGUCCUCGUGGAGGUAAGGAGAUAGUUGAGUUGGUAGCUACACAGUUAUUAGCAGUUGUUAGUUUGUUAUGACUGUCAGAAUCAGAGCUCAUGAGUUCCUGUGGAUAGAUGGCUGGUGUGCCUUGGCUGCUACACUGGUCCUGCUUUAGAACCCGACCUAGGGAAAGGCGGAUGUCUGUCUGCUGUGGCGCUGAAUGUGAAUGUGCUGGAAUGGGUCUGUUCCAGGCUAAACGGCUCUGAUGCCAGAAUGCAUCAGAAUGCUUUCAAUUGGGGCCAAAGAGGUCAUUGAUGUUGUUGUGGAUAUUGGAGAGCAGUGUGAUGGCUAACCUCCCACAUUUGUUGGCGUUGUUUCAAUAUGACUGAAUGCUGUGGGUGCUUUGUGCUGUACUAAUGGUGAGAGCCAAGCUGUGUGUGUUCAGUGUGUGUGUGUUCAGUGUGUGUGUGUUCAGUGUGUGUGUUCAGUGUGUGUGUUCUGUGCGUUCUGUGUGUGUGUCUGAACACACAGCUGGGCUCUCACCAUUAGUGUAACCCACUAGUGAAGGUGAGACCGUGAGAACCGUGGUUUAAAAGCACAGGAAGUGGGUCCUUGAUUUUAUUUUAUUUUAUACAUCCCGUUGCCAUAGAUACGGCAGAAGGGAAUAGAGCAGAGAGAGGAUGAGUCAGGGGGAUGGUGCUGUGUGUGUGUGUGUGUUUCCUACUUGGUAGAAGCAGUGAAUCAAAUAGCCUAGACUAUAGACUUAAACCUUAACUGUUUCACUGUAUCCUGUUCAAAAGUGUAAACAUUCAAUCACUACACUAAAGAGGUCAUAAUAACCCCCCCCCCCCCCCCCCCCCCCCCCCCCCCCUCCCUCCUCCUCUCCCCCUAACAGGAAGAAGGAGUACAUGUCUCGUCGUCUCUCGGAGAUGGACAGGAUGCUGAGCGAGCGCCACCUGUUUCACGGCACAUCCACUGAGGUGGUGGAGGGCAUCUGCAAACACAACUUUGACCCGCGUGUCAGUGGCAAACACGCCACCAUGUUCGGACAAGGCUCCUACUUCGCCCGCAAGGCCGUCUACUCCCACAACUUCUCCAAGCGCUCGCCUAAAGGGGUCCACUGCAUGUUCCUGGCCAAAGUCCUCACUGGCAGGUUAGUAGCCUUUAUGGGGAUUGCUAUGAUGUAUAGCAUCAUAUGUCACACAGCACAGAAACACAUCACUCUAGGAGAGAAAUGUGGUUGAAGAAAAACCCUCCCUAACUUCAGUAGACCACUACUGGUCAGUCAUCCAUAAUAGUUCCAUUUGGUGAGCACUGGCAGAGCUUGAUGUUGUUCCUCUCUCCUCUGUCUCUCCAGGUUUACAGUGGGGAACCCCUCCAUGCGGCGGCCGCCCCCACUCAGCCCCCGGGACCCCUCCAGUGACCUGUACGACUCCUGUGUAGACAACUGGGUGGACCCUCAGAUCUAUGUUAUCUUCAAUGAUGACCAGAGCUACCCCUACUUUAUCAUCCAGUACGAAGAGGUUCCCAGUACUGUGGCUAUCUGACAUUAUAGCAGACAGAACCAAACCCAGUACUGUGGCUAUCUGACAUUAUAGCAGACAGAACCAAACC